UAUUAUGCUAUUCAGGAAGGAUAUCCUAGCAGUCAAGAGCAAGGCCCAUGCCACCAAACAUCCAACUCUACAUCAUCCGGCUGAAGCUAUUUGAAUCAUGAAGAAAACAACAGACACCCUCUGGAAUACCAUGUGUCUGCUACUGGUCAUUGGUUUCAUCUGGUGCCUGAGUUUGCCAUAUUUCAUGCUGAGCAAUGCUGACCAGGACAUCUUCAGCGUGGCCACUAUCAACAGACUUGGGCGGGAUGGCAAUGUGGGGGAGGGAACAGGCAGGCCUGAAGAAAAAAUGAAGAGAAUUAUCAAAAUCGUCAAUGAUCUCCUGAACAUCGCAGAAUCCUCUGACAAUCCUCAUGGCCCAUCUGCCUUGAAGGACUACAAAGAAGAAUUACAGUCAGUCCAGAUUCACAUGGAGGCAGAAAAAGUGAAAGGACAACUGAAGGAUGAAAUGAUUAAGGAAAUGCAUUUGAAUAAAAUACAACUGCAGCGACACAUGGCUCACAUGGAGGAACUCCUAAAGCUACAAUUAGAGAAGGAGGAGAAGAAAAUCCAACAGUUAAAAUCUGUCCCUCCCCCGCCUCCUUUAAAGGACUGCAAAGCAGAAAUGCAGUUAUUCAAAUUUCAAAUUGAGUCUGAAAAAGAGAAAGGAAAACUGAAAGAUGAGAUGAUUAAGGAUCUGCGUGCGGAUAAGCUCCGACUGCAACUGGCACACAUGGAGAAAGCCCCGCCUCUAAUGGAAAAGAAGGAGGAGAUGGUGGAGAAAGUUCAACCAUUGAAACCUGAGGAAACAAACUGCCCUCUACCACCUAUGGAUAACCACCCAGAAUGUAUGGGGAAAUUGAAGUGGCUGAGUAAGAUGUGGGAGAGUCAACCUUGCUACGCGGGUUACGGGGUCAACGGAUCUGUGUGCUCCUUCGUUAUCUACCUCAGUGAGGUAGAGAAGUGGUGUCCUGUACUUCCAUGCCGAGUACCUCUAUCUAAAAAAGCAGAGGCGGGAUCUGACUACGCAGUGGUACGCGAAAAUCUUACAGAUCUGUAUCCAUCUCUGGAAAAGAGAUCCCAGUUUCGUUGGAUUGAGCAAAGAAUUCGCAGUAUGGAAAGGGUUUGGGUCGAGGCUGGGCGCUCUCUUUCAGCCAAAUAUGACCUGAAGGAGAGGAAAGCUAAACAGAUUCUGGUGCAUCCUGGAGUGGUGACAGCUGAAUCUAAAGCUAAGAUAGCAGAGACUGCCUUCAAUGGGGGCCCCCUUGGGGAACUGGUCCAGUGGAGUGACCUCAUCUCCACACUUCACAUCCUGGGACACCAUGUUUACCUAACUGCCUCCUUACCUGACCUCCGGCAUUACUUUGCGGUGGACACAGGUGGCUGCCCACCUUUUCAUUCAAAUCCGAAUCUGAUCUACACAGACAUUAUCGGCCUUAGGCAGAUCAAGAGUGUACUAAAGGGAUCUUGGUUAAAAUACAGGUGCAUUAUACGGGUGUUGGAUACUUUCGGCACUGAGCCAGACUUCAAUCAUAUAUCUUGGGCCAAUAAGCACAAGCUUGCAAGUCCAUUUGGCAGACUGAACAUGAUCCCACUGCAGUUCUACACCAUGUUCCCUCAUACACCGGACAACACAUUCCUGGGUUUUGUGGUGCAGAACCAGCUGAUGUCGGAACAAAGUGAGCUGUUUAAGUCUAACAAAAGACAAAACCAGGCACUUGUAUACGGAAAGAGAGCCGAGUUUUGGGAGGGUAAAACGGCAUAUCUGGAUGUCAUCCACAAGUACUUAGAGAUCCAUGGGACAGUUAACAACAGAAAAGCUCUUCCAAAUUAUGUGAAAAACCAUGGCAUUGUGAAAGGCACUGAUGUUCAGGCCCUGUUGAGACAGAGCAAGGUUUUUGUUGGAUUGUCUUUCCCAUAUGAAGGCCCCGCCCCAUUGGAGGCGUUAGCCAAUGGCUGUGCUUUCCUGAACCCCAAGUUAAACCCUCCGCAGAGCAGUCUGAACACCAAGUUCUUCAAGGGAAAGCCCAACAUCAGAGAGAUAAUAUCCCAGCAUCCUUAUGCUGAGGCCAUAGGAGAGCCCUACGUAUGGACGGUGGACAUGAACAACUCAAUAGAAGUGGAAAGAGCUCUUAAUGCUAUUCUCAAUCAGACGAUUGAGCCCUAUCUUCCCUAUGAGUUUUCGUGUGAAGGGAUGCUCCAGAGGGUCAACGUCCUGAUAGAAAAACAGGAUUUGUGCAGCAGUGCAGUGAGCUGGCCCCCACUGAGCGCACUCCAGGUUGUAAAGGCGCAGAUGUCCUGUAAAACUGCCUGCCAGAAGGCGGGGCUGAUCUGUGAACCGGCAUUUUUCCCACACCUUAACAAUGCAAAUAGUCUUGCAAAGAACAGUGUAGAUUGUCAAACAUCCGAGUUCUCCGCCAGUGGCUUGGUGUUUCCUGCCUACAACAGCACUCAGCACUGUUGGUUCCAGUCCGACCCCCUCCUCUUCAGCUGUGUCCGAUCAGACGAGUCUUUGACGCGCGUCUGCCCCUGUAGAGACUUCAUUAAGGACCAGAUAGCUUUAUGCAAAGAUUGUAUCUAACUUAUGGUAGAAAACAGAACAUGUCAUUGCCUAAUUAAAGGUGGGGUAGGUAAGUUUGAGAAACCGGCUCGAGAUACACUUUUUGUUAUA